CCGGCCAUGGCCAGCGUGCACGAGAGCCUGUACUUCAACCCCAUGAUGACCAACGGGGUGGUGCACGCCAACGUCUUCGGCAUCAAGGACUGGGUCACCCCCUGCAAGAUGGCGCUGCUGGUGCUGAUCAGGGAGCUGGGCCGCGCCGGGCCGCACCUCAGCCUGCUCGAGAGGCGCCGCCUCAACCGCCUGCUGCUGCCGCUGCUCCAGGGGCCUGACAUGGCGCUGUCUCGAUUGAUCAAAGCUGUUGAAGAAUGCUGCCCUCAGAUAGCCAGCUCCGUCCAAAUUAGGAUAAAGCUGAUGGCAGGAGGGGAACUGAAAGAUAUGGAACAAUUCUUUGAUGACCUUUCAGAGGCAUUCAGUGGAAUGGAACCAGAAGUUCACAAAACAAGCGUUGUAGGCUUGUUCCUGCGCCACAUGAUCCUGGCCUACAAUAAGCUUUCCUUCAGCCAAGUGUACAAGCUUUACACGGCUCUCCAGCAGUACUUCCAAAACGAUGAGAAGAAAAGCGGAGGAGACGAGAGUGAGAUGGAGCUGACUCAAUGCGACGAGCUGGAAGGGAAAAUGGAGAAGGAAGAGUUUGACGGGCCUCUCAGGGAGGAAGAAAUAUCUUGCAAUGGGCCACUUUCACAGAAGCAAGCAGAAUACUUCCUCUCCCAGCAGGCGUCUUUACUGAAAAACGAUGAGACAAAAGCGCUCUCUCCCGCAUCUUUACAAAAGGAGCUCAACAACUUGUUAAAAUUUAACCCAGAUUUUGCUGAAGCGCAUUAUUUGAGCUACUUAAACAGCCUUCGAGUCCAGGAUGUCUUCAGCUCCACGCACAGCCUCCUUCAUUACUUCGACCGGCUAAUUCUUACCGGCGCAGACAGCAAAAGCAACGGCGACGAGGGCUACGGGCGGAGCCUGAGAUACGCCGCUCUGAACCUGGCCGCCCUGCACUGCCGCUUCGGCCACUACCAGCAGGCUGAGCUGGCCCUGCAGGAAGCCAUCCGGAUCGCCCAGGAGUCCAACGACCAUGUCUGCCUUCAGCACUGCUUGAGCUGGCUGUACAUCUUGGAGCAGCAAAAAUCGGACAGCUGCGUCCUCCUGGAGCACUCCGUGAAGAAAGCUGUAUACUUUGGGUUGCCGUAUUUAGCUUCCCUGGGGAUCCAGUCCUUGGUUCAGCGACGCGCUUUCGCAGGCAAGACGGCCAACAAGCUCAUGGAUGCCCUCAAGGACGCCGACCUCCUGCACUGGAAGCACAGCUUGUCUGAGCUCAUCGACAUCAGCAUCGCCCAGAAGGCAGCCGUUUGGAGGCUGUACGGCCGCAGCACCAUGGCGCUCCAGCAGGCCCAGGUGCUCCUGAGCAUGAACAGCCUGGAGGCCGUGAACGUGGGCGUCCAGCAGAACAACACCGAGUCCUUUGCGGUGGUGCUGUGCCACCUGGCCGAACUGCACGCGGAACAGGGCUAUUUCACAGCCGCCUCUGAAAUACUGAAGCACCUGAAGGAGAGGUUUCCUCCUAACAGCCAGCAUGCCCAGCUCUGGAUGCUGUUUGAUCAGAAGAUCCAGUUCGACCGAGCCAUGAACGACGGCAAAUGCCACGUGGCCGAUGCGCUCGUGGCGGGGAUCACGGCCCUGAGCAGCACCGAGGGGGUGUACAGAAAAGCCGUCCUGCUGAAAGCGCAGAACCAGAUGUCCGAGGCCCACAGGCUCCUGCAGCGGCUCCUGAUUCACUGCCAGAAAACAAAGAACAACGAGAUGGUGAUUAGCGUGCUCCUGUCCAUCGCGGGGCUCUACCGGCGGUCCCUGUGCCACACGAUCGCGCUGCCCGUCUUGCUGCAGGCGCUGGCCCUCGCCCGGGAGUACCGCCUCCAGUAUUUGGCCUCCGAAACCCUCCUCCACUUGGCUUUCUCCCAGCUCAUCCUGGGUAUCCCUGAGCAAGCGCUGAGCAUCCUGCACAUGGCGAUCGAGCCCAUCCUGGCCCACGGAGCCCUGCUGGACAAAGGGGCCGCCAUGUUCCUGGUGGCCAAGUGCCAGGUGGCCUCUGCAGCCUCCUACGGGCCCCAGAAGAAGGCCGAAGCUCUGGAGUCGGCUAUCCUGAACCUCCACGAAGCCAAGACCUACUUUGCCAAGGUGGGCUGCAAAGAGCAGCUCCGGGACGUCCUUUAUCUCCAGGCCCGGCUCUCCCACAGCCUGGGCAAGACCCAGGAGAGGAACCAGUGCGCCAUGCUCUUUCGGCAGCUGCACCAGGAGCUCCCCGCCCGUGGCGCCCCCUUGAUCAACGCUUUUCCGUGAGCGGCGCGGCCCGUGGAGCGCCAGCACCCUCUCAGAUCAAACAGGAGCCGUGGGAGGGGCGCCGGGCGCCUUGUUCCUAAAAGCGCCCCCCCGCCCCACACUUCGAUGGAUUUCUUCAUUUGUGCAAUCUUCAAUAUUUAGAAAUGAGUAUCAAUGAA